AAAUCAGCGAGGGUAAUUCAGUCACACCGAAACCCUAGAGUUAGGGUUUAAUUCCUCCCUAUCAAUUUCGCAUCUAGAUUGAUUCUUCCAAGAUUGAUUUUGUUUAUAUUUUCCAUAUCGAAUCAAUCUCAGCGUGUUCGGUCUCAGUUCCUUCAAAGGGCUUUAUCGCCCAUUUCGCAUUCAAACCCAUGGUCUUCACUUUUCCAUGGAUCUCUCUUCACUACCUUCCAAUUCUCCCAUUCAACAAGAAGAAGACGAGUGGGACACUGAUGGAUUUGUGAUUCCGAGUCUUGGAAUUGAAGAGUCUAAUCAAAGGAAAGAAAAUGUUGCAAGCAUAGAACCAUCAAAUUCUGCUGCAAAGGUGAAGAAGGAAGAGAACAUCUAUCUUGGCCCACACGGGGCGCCUCCUUCACAGUCAAAACAGAAGGAAGAGGUAAAUUUAUCAAACCGAAAGCAGCGGUUCAAGCAAAAGCUGAAAGAAGCCGAUAAGAAAAAUAGUGGAACAGGUAGGGAGAAUAAAUUGGAUAACUUGAGGGAGCUUGUGGGUGCGGGGAAAGCAAAUGCGGGUAUGGCAAAGAGAUCUUCUCCUAAGGACUGGUUAGAUCCACAUUGCCAUGAAGCUGAGUUUGAGAGGAGGUGAUUCGCACAGAAGAUUUUAGUUUCUUUUAAGUUAUUUAUACUUGGACAAAAUCUUCCCUUGUUAUAAUUUUGAUUUGAUGGAUCACUCAAGACAUAAGUUUCAGAGGUUUUGUACUCUGACAAUAAAUUCAUCACCCGAUGUUUCAAUACUCGAUACUCAAGUUCUUAUGCUCAA